AUGGACAGGGACACGCGCAGAUGGACACGGACACGCGCAGAUGGACAGGGACACGCGCAGAUGGACACGGACACGCGCAGAUGGACAGGGACACGCGCAGAUGGACACGGACACGCGCAGAUGGACAGGGACACGCGCAGAUGGACAGGGACACGCGCAGAUGGACACGGACACGCGCAGAUGGACAGGGACACGCGCAGAUGGACACGGACACGCGCAGAUGGACAGGGCAGAUGGACACGGACACGCGCAGAUGGACAGGGACACGCGCAGAUGGACACAGAUGGACACGCGCAGAUGGACAGGGACACGCGCAGAUGGACACAGAUGGACACGCGCAGAUGGACAGGGACACGCGCAGAUGGACACGGACACGCGCAGAUGGACAGGGACACGCGCAGAUGGAUGGACACGGACACGCGCAGAUGGACAGGGACACGCGCAGAUGGACACGGACACGCGCAGAUGGACAGGGACACGCGCAGAUGGACAGAUGGAGAUGGACAGGGACACGCGCAGAUGGACAGGGACACGCGCAGAUGGACACGGACACGCGCAGAUGGACAGGGACACGCAGAUGGACAGGGACACGCGCAGAUGGACACGCGCAGAUGGACAGGGACAGAUGGACAGGGACACGCAGAUGGACAGGGACACGCGCAGAUGGACACGCGCAGAUGGACAGGGACACGCGCAGAUGGACAGGGACACGCGCAGAUGGACACUAACACGCGCAGAUGGACAGGGACACGCACAGAUGGACAGGGAUACGCGCAGAUGGACACUAACACGCGCAGAUGGACAGGGACACGCACAGAUGGACAGGGAUACGCGCAGAUUUACAAGGACACGCGCAGAUGGACAGGGAUACGCGCAGAUUUACAAGGACACGCGCAGAUGGACACGGACACGCGCAGAUGGACACGGACACGUGCAGAUGGACAGGGACACGCACAGAUGGACAGGGAUACGCGCAGAUUUACAAGGACACGCGCAGAUGGACACGGACACGCGCAGAUGGACACGGACACAGACGACAAAACCCUGGCCUCGAGAGGCGACAAAACCCUGGCCUCGAGAGACGACAAAACCCUGGCCUUGAGAGGCGACAAAACCCUGGGCUCGAGAGGCGACAAAACCCUGGCCUCGAGAGGCGACAAAACCCUGGCCUCGAGAGGCGUCAAAACCCUGGCCUCGAGAGAAGACAAAACCCUGGCCUUGAGAGGCGACAAAACCCUGGCCUCGAGAGAAGACAAAACCCUGUCCUCGAGAGGCGACAAAACCCUGGCCUCGAGAGGCGACAAAACCCGGGUCUCGAGAGGCGACAAAACCUUGGCCUCGAGAGGCGACAAAACCCUGGCUUUGAGAGACUACAAAACCCUGGCCUCGAGAGGCGACAAAACCCUGGCCUCGAGAGGCGACAAAACCCUGGCCUCGAGAGGCGACAAAACCCUGGGCUUGAGAGGCGACAAAACCCUGGCUUUGAGAGGCGACAAAACCCUGGCGUCGAGGGGCGACAAAACCCUGGCCUCGAGAGGAGACAAAACCCUGGGCUCGAGAGGCGACAAAACCCCGGCCUCAAGAGGCGACAAAACCCCGGCCUCGAGAGGCGACAAAACUCUGGCCUCGAGAGGCGACAAAACCCUGGCCUCGAGAGGCGAUAAAACCCUGGCCUCGAGAGGCGACAAAACCCCGGCCUCGAGAGACAACAAAACCCCGGCCUCGAGAGGCGACAAAACCCUGGCUUUGAGAGGCGACAGAACCCCGGCCUCGAGAGGCGACAGAACCCCGGACUCGAGAGCCGACAAAACCCCGGUCUCGAGAGAAGACAAAACCCCGGCCUCGAGAGGCGACAAAACCCUGGCUUUGAGAGGCGACAGAACCCCGGCCUCGAGAGGCGACAAAACCCCGGCCUCGAGAGGCGACAAAACCCCGGCCUCGAGAGGCGACAAAACCCCGGCCUCGAGAGGCGACAAAACCCCGUCCUCGAGAGGCGACAAAACCCCGGCCUCGAGAGGCGACAAAACCCCGGCUUUGAGAGGCGACAAAACCCUGGCCUUGCUCAAUAAGGUUGACUGA